CACCCCCGCGCCCCUUCGCAGCCGCAUUGCAAGUUUUCUGCGCGGGGAAGAUCUGUUGCUGGUGCUGGCGUUCUUAGGCACGGCGCCCGAGGCCACCCCAGGCGGGGCGUGAGGGGAGCACCAGCCGUUGGCAGCGGCAGCAACAGGAAGCCGCGGGGUCUCCUCCCGCACCUGGGAAGCAGGCUUCUCGCUGUUACCCGGUGGGGAAUAGCCCAUCUCCCGCAUCGGUGGUGAUCGCCGCUCAGGAAUGCGGGCGUGAAGGGUCCGAGUUGCCGCCCAGCGGGGAGGAGACCCCAGGACGCCGGAAAUCACCAUCCCGAAGCUGCAAGAAGGGGGGAGAAAGCAUUCUUCAUUCAGUUGUGUGCCUUGUGGGGGAUUUUUAAAAAGUCGUUAUUUUUUUUUUAAAGAAACAUUUCCGUGCUACUGUCUGUCAUCGUCUCUGGGGAAAUCAGCCAGAACCACCGGAACGUAACUGAAACCAGACAAGAGAGGCAGGAGCCCAGGCAGUACCUGCAGCGUCCAGGCACCAGAGCCACCUUGGAACGGGAACGCGUCUCCGGCCGCGGGGCUGCGGCUCCGCCAAACUUUGGGGCGGGUGGGGCGGGUUGGGGCGCCCAGGGGGCUCUGUAGACCGAGGGCGGCCCCCUAACCAUGAUGUUUCGCGACCAGGUCGGGGUGCUGGCGGGCUGGUUUAAGGGCUGGAACGAGUGCGAGCAGACUGUUGCGCUGCUGUCGCUGCUCAAGCGCGUGAGCCAGACCCAGGCCCGCUUCCUCCAGCUCUGCCUGGAGCACUCGCUGGCCGACUGCGCCGAGCUGCACGUCCUCGAACGCGAGGCCAACAGCCCUGGAAUCAUUAACCAAUGGCAACAGGAAUCCAAGGAUAAAGUGAUUUCCCUCCUGUUAACUCAUCUGCCUUUGCUGAAGCCAGGAAACCUCGACGCAAAAGUAGAAUAUAUGAAACUGCUGCCCAAAAUCCUGGCUCACUCUAUUGAACACAACCAGCACAUUGAGGAGAGCAGGCAGCUGCUGUCCUAUGCUUUGAUACAUCCAGCCACUUCAUUAGAAGACCGUAGUGCUUUAGCCAUGUGGCUGAAUCACUUGGAGGACCGCACAUCAACCAGCUUUGGUGGCCAGAACCGAGGCCGCUCAGACUCUGUGGAUUAUGGACAGACACACUACUAUCACCAAAGACAGAACUCCGAUGACAAGCUCAAUGGAUGGCAGAACUCUCGGGAUUCUGGGAUUUGCAUCAAUGCCUCCAACUGGCAGGACAAAAGCAUGGGGUGUGAGAAUGGCCAUGUGCCCCUCUACUCCUCCUCAUCUGUCCCCACCACAAUCAAUACGAUUGGAACCAGCACAAGUACAAUUCUCUCAGGCCAGGCACACCACAGCCCUUUGAAACGAUCUGUGUCCCUUACCCCACCCAUGAAUGUGCCAAACCAGCCUCUAGGACAUGGAUGGAUGUCUCAUGAGGACUUACGAGCUAGAGGACCCCAGUGCCUCCCAUCCGAUCAUGCCCCCCUGUCUCCACAAAGCAGUGUAGCCUCUUCAGGAAGUGGUGGGAGUGAACACUUAGAAGAUCAGACCACUGCUCGUAACACAUUCCAAGAAGAAGGUAGUGGGAUGAAAGAUGUUCCAGCCUGGCUAAAAAGCCUCCGCCUGCACAAAUAUGCCGCGCUUUUCUCCCAGAUGACCUAUGAGGAGAUGAUGGCCCUCACCGAGUGCCAGCUGGAGGCACAGAAUGUUACCAAAGGUGCAAGACACAAAAUUGUCAUCAGUAUUCAGAAGCUCAAAGAAAGACAAAAUCUCCUGAAGUCUUUGGAAAGGGACAUCAUCGAGGGGGGCAGCCUGCGCAUCCCGCUCCAGGAACUGCACCAGAUGAUCCUGACUCCCAUCAAGGCCUACAGCUCCCCGAGCACCACCCCCGAGGCUCGCCGCCGGGAGCCCCAGGCCCCGCGUCAGCCCUCACUGAUGGGCCCCGAGAGCCAGAUCCCCGACUGCAAAGAUGGGGCCGCAGCCACUGGCGCCACGGCCACCCCCUCGGCCGGGGCCAGCGGGGGGCUCCAGCCGCACCAGCUGAGCAGCUGCGAUGGGGAGCUGGCCGUCGCCCCCCUGCCGGAGGGGGACCUCCCCGGGCAGUUCACACGUGUCAUGGGGAAAGUGUGCACACAGCUCUUGGUCUCCAGACCUGAUGAGGAAAAUAUAAGUUCCUAUUUACAGCUCAUAGACAAGUGUCUAAUUCAUGAGGCAUUUACAGAGACACAGAAAAAAAGAUUGUUGUCAUGGAAACAGCAGGUGCAGAAGCUCUUUCGGUCUUUCCCUCGGAAAACCCUUCUAGACAUAUCAGGAUAUCGACAGCAAAGAAAUCGAGGCUUUGGGCAGUCCAACUCCCUCCCAACGGCUGGCUCUGUGGGCGGCGGCAUGGGCAGACGGAACCCGCGCCAGUACCAGAUCCCCUCUCGGAACGUCCCUUCCGCCCGCCUGGGCCUCUUGGGCACCAGUGGAUUUGUCAGCUCCAACCAGCGCAACACCACAGCUGCCCCCACCAUCAUGAAACAAGGAAGACAGAACCUGUGGUUUGCCAACCCCGGAGGCAGCAAUAGCAUGCCAAGCCGCACCCACAGCUCAGUCCAGAGGACCCGCUCGCUGCCCGUGCACACUUCCCCACAGAACAUGCUGAUGUUCCAGCAGCCAGGUUCCCAAGUUCAUGGUGGACUGUGUUUAACAGACCUUAGAGGUUGGUUGAGCCUGAGUGGAGCCCCUUCCAUGCCAGCGCUGACAGUCCCCAAGUCCUCCCAGGGAGAAUUCCAGCUUCCCGUGACUGAACCUGACAUCAACAACAGGCUGGAGUCGUUGUGCCUCAGUAUGACCGAACACGCCCUGGGAGAUGGGGUUGACCGGACCUCCACCAUCUAGAAGCCGAAGAUGAGAGUGACCGCGCUGGCCGUGAAAUCGACUGCUGCGGGUCCAGUGUCAGCCAUAUUCAGGGUUGCACAGAAUCCUCCAAGAUACUUUGCAGCCUUUUUUUCCUCUGGUCCCUCUCCCGUUUUGAUUUUGUGAGAGCGUAGCUCAUCCUCGUAAACAUAUCAGUAGACCUGGGGUUGGUUAUUUUGUCAUUUGUUUCUGUCAUGGGAUGGUUUGGUGUGUGGGGUGGGGAGGGGUCUCUAGGGAAUUAUGAGACUGGGAGGGGGGUGGAGGGAAUGCAGGUAGCUCUCUGGAUGGAAAGGGGCAGGGGAAAGAGUACUACCAUGAAAGAGAUAGGAGACACACAAGAGGACGGCAGAAGCCCUGGCCCUGGGGAGGCUUCUCGGAAGGCCUGGCUUCACAGGCAGGCCACAGAAGGAUAUCGCAGGCACGUGCACCCAAAGCAAGAUAGUGGCUUGCCUUUUAUAUCCAAUCCAAUCCUGAUUGGAUGUCCCUGAGGCCCCUGCUGGAAACAGCCAUAGGAGAGGGCCCAUGGCAACGGGGGAAAGGAAGAAAUUCCCUGCAACAAAACUUCAGCUAAACUUUGAUUUGUGUAUUGUUUACAUAAUAACUUUAAAGGGUACAUAAUGUGUAAAGAGCUUGGAUAGAACCUCUCUUCAUACUAUGGUUUUUGUAAAGGAUCUGUUGUUGUUAUGGAUUCAUUUUUUCCCUCUAUUUUUAUAAGAGCAGCAGAGUUGUCUUUUUAAAACGGCUGCUGAGCUCUGCUUCUUGGGAAGAUGGAUGCAGUCACGUAGGCCUGAGCUGUCCGUCUUUCACCGUUAGGCGGGAGGAGCGUGUGGGCGGACUUGAAGGACAUGGACGUGGCCGGAAUGAGCACAGCAUUGGGUGAGCGCACAAGGAUGAGGACAUCAUGUGAUCAGUUAUGGGUUUGCUCGCAGGGCACCCAGAGAUUCUCAAAGAAUCCUGCAGCCUCUUUCUGUGCUGGAUUUGCUUGUCACGGAGAGGCCUCCCUCCCUUUCCGCCCCACCCAUGGGGCAUUAUCCUGUCACUCCCAGCCUUGCUCCACACACACACAGGUGGGUACAAGUUCCACUGGAGGAGAAAAGGCGAGGACUUUUUCCCCUUGUGAGAGGUUUGAUACCCAGAAAAUGAGCUCAAAACCUUUACGUUAGGGUUGCUUGUAGGAACUCGAGCCUGGAGGCUGCAUCUACUUCUCCCGUCACUGCUGAGGGAGAGGAGGGGAGAAAGGCCCAGCAACAGUGUACAGAGGGUCAGUCAGCAAGUCCAGAGAGUGCAUGCAGGGAGAUGUUUGGCCCACAUGGCACAGCCCCGCCAUCUCCAGUGGGCGAUGAAAGAUGUAGGAAAGGUUGAUUUCACGAUGGAAAUGACAGCGCUAUCCGCACAGUGUGAAUUAGGGAUUUGCUGUGUUGGUUGAUUUCCUCCCCUCCCACGCAGAGGGGAGGAAAAAGACACUCGUUACUUGGUGGGAGAUUGAGAAACUGUGGUACCUACCACAAAGUAAUAGCUCUGUUUAUGAAGGGCAAGAAAGGCUACAUUUCAGAAUUUGACGCAGUGGAGGGUAUUAGAGGAAAUCAAAGAGGAGUUGUGUGGAAAAUCAGGUUGUGUAAAUGAAGGUAUGAAUGCUCAGCCAGAGUCAAGAUCAGGGAGAUGGUACAAGGCCUGUUUGUUACAUGGAUGAGUCGGGUGCCUUUUGUGUGUGUGUGAAGUCAGAGUUGAAAUUUAGAAGAUCAGACUAUGGAAAUCACUGCCCUUUUUUUUUUUUUUUUUUUAAAGCUAAUGAACUACAUACAGACCUAAAAGGCCUUAAUGAAAUCUGAACAAUUUUCUUUUACUUUCAAGAUCAAAAACAUACACCCAACCCAGCCUUGGAUGCCGCCACCAGGUUUUUGUAGUCCUUUUGAGUCUAAGAAGGUGAGAACAACGUAACCAUAGAAAGCCUUUCGUGAGCAGAGAAGGCUUGAAUCCACAAUUUCAUUCAUAAAAUUAAAAAAAAAAGGUUCAGACCUCUCCUUGGGUGACUAGGUUCUAAAGAUGCAAAUCCAUGUGCAGAAAGAGAUGGCAUUUUUUAGUUGAUUAUUUUUAACCAAGUGCCAUUAACAUUCAUCCCCCACAUCCCUUUUCUAAACAAGCUUAGUGUUACUUGGGGAAUGUGUUGGGAUGGAUGAUCACAUGUAAGGCAGGAAGAAUAGGUCAAAGGUUGAAGGCCAAAUGUAAGACCAGAGGGUUUGCGAAUGUGGGUUUGUAGGAUACUGAGAAAGUGAAUAAAGAGGAGAAAAAACCAUGGUAUUACACAUCUUGCUGAGAAAGGAAAGCAUUCGGAUCUGCUGCAAAAACACAUAUAUCCAUAAAGACUCAUGUUAUUCAGAAAACAGAUUGUGAACACAAUCACAUUCGCAUGAAUCCUUUAAAAGGAAGAAGACCUUAAAGUAUUUGCAAAUCUGAAUUUCUAUUUAUUCCUUCACUGAAUAUAGAAACAAUGGUUAUCUGAUUAUUAGAGAUAUUAUUUUGGAUAUGUUACUUAUUAACUUGCUAUGGCUGGUAACCAUGAUAAAGUCUGUUAUUAAUAACAACAUAAUUCUUUUUUUAAAGAAGAAAAGCUUAUUUUUCAUUGACAGUGUAUAGAUUUAUCUACUUAGUUGUGUUUUGCUAUUACUGUUUUAAUUUUUUUUUUUUAAGUUGAGUGUUUGAUAAAUUUUAAGACCCUGUCCCCACCUUGUUUUGAGUCCUGUGUUGAUUACAGGUAUACAGCUCAAUUUAAAAAUCCUAAAGCAAAAGAAUUUUAUUUAUAAAAGAAUCAAACAGUUGCAUGCAUAAGGCUGUGAAGUCAGAUAUUUAGUAAUAAAAGCAGCAGUGCCUUUUUUUGUAUUUGCCCAUUGACCCCCACCAAAUGCAACUGUUUUAUAUGAAGAAAAUAGUAACAAUUUUAAAAUCUCAGAGUAAAAUCUAUUUCACUACGUUUCUCCCCCUUGUUCUGAUUUAAGCAGUGUGUACUUGGCAUCUCUACAUUGUCCUAGGGACAGUGGUGUUCUACAAUAUUGUUAUCAUGUAUGAUGUUUUAUUGGUGCUUUUUAUUCAUAGUGGCUUCUUACCAGAAACAGUAGGAAGAAACACAUGAACUGUGUACAAGACAUGAAACAUUGCUGCUGAUAUGUUGUUUUUUCACAUGCUUUUGAGUUUUCAUUUUUUAAACGAGAGCCAGCAAGCAAAAUAGACGUGGCUGGGUCUGCCUGUCCGGGCGGCUCUUUGCACCAAGCUCUCAAAUCCUGUGUAUUGAGGGUUCCUUUUUGGUACUCAGGAUUGGAGCUACAGCUGGGCCCCCGUCUCCCAUUCGUUUGAAGAGACACUGAGGGAAACAAGGGUUUCUUUUGAGGUGUCCUUGGCUGCCUUUUACGGGAUGGGAGCCUUCUCCGGGUCUUUUGUUCUUCUGCACCUCUUGUAGCUACUGCCGGUGCAAGGUUGUAGAUGUGUAUUCCCCAGGAGCCUGGGCUGGGGGGCUGAGCUGGGCUGAAUGCAAAAGCAUGCAACCAGAAGGUGGGCAAGCGGAGGAAAAGCAGGCCUGGUCUCAUUGGUCCCCUGGAGAUGUCUGUAGCAGUCAGCUCCAGCUUGGGCCUGGGAAAGCAGCCUGACCAAGGCGCUCGGGCGUGCCUGUUACAGGAAGAACCUGCAGAAGGAUAAUUUGCACAUGGAGCUGUGAUAACACUAAUGUUGAUUUUUCUUUUUUUUUUACAAGUCAUCAGAGAUGUUUGCAAAGUGAGUUUUAUUUUUUUGUAAUUCCUUUAUCUUUACUUAAAGGUGAAUGUGUAUUCCUCUGGGAGGAAUAGGAAGAAAACAGGAAUGUUAAUAAUGUCGAACAGAAAACUUCCUCCCUUAUUAAUAUAUAAUCCUCAUGUAUUUAUGCCUAAUGUAAGCUGACUUUUAAAAAGCUUUCUUUUGUUGCAUGCCCUGUGCAGGCAUCUGUAUUGUACAUGCAUGCCUUUCGUCCUGUUUUCCUGUAUAAAGUUAGUGAACAAAGAAAUAUUUUUGCCUAGUUCAUGUUGCCAAGCAAUGCAUAUUUUUUAAAUUUGUCAUAUAUGGAAAGAGCAUGUUUGUUACAUGUAAAAGCUUUACUGAUAUACAGAUAUACUAAUGUUUGAAGAUGCUGUUCUUUGCAAGUGUACAGUUUUCAAAUGUUGUUACCAGUGAAACACCCUUGUGGUUUAAACUUGCUACAAUGUAUUUAUUAUUCAUUUCCUCCCAUGUAACUAAGAAUCAUGGCUAUAUUUCAUAUCAACGUUAUAUUGAAAGUGAAGGGAAAUGAUUAAUACAAGGUUUUGUAACA